AUGGCUGCCGGCUCCUCGGGCGCGCUGGCGCGGGCGCUGGCGCGGGCGCUGGCGGCGCUGGAUGAUAGUGGUGCAAUGGAAAAGAUCCGUUUAAUACCUCAGGACUUUUUUGCAGAGCUGUGUGAACAAAUAAUUCAACAUCUGAACCAUAAGAUCCCAGGUAUAAAUACAGUUGACUUGUGUCAGAGAAUUCAAACAUCGGGGGUUGACAUUAAUAUUGGUGACCUGGCAAAAGUAGCUAACACUCUUUCAUUUCUAUUUAGCACAGCAGCCAGAAACAACCUCUCUACAGAAGAACUUGUCACCACCUUGGGCAGUGGCGUCAGCAUGCUGCCAAAACACGCAGUUCAAGUUAUUCGUCACGUGUGGAAUGAGCAGGGCAAAGCCAUUGCUGUGUCAGAAGAUGCAAGAGAUAUGGCCACAGUGGGGCAGUUUGUAGAUAUGAAAUGGAAACUGGGAGUUGCGAUGAGCUCUGACACCUGCAGGUCUCUGAAGUACCCGUAUGUCACAGUGACACUAACAGUGGCAGACCCUUCAGGACAAAUAACAGACAAGUCUUUUGAAAUGACAGUCCCACAGUUCAAGAACUUCUUCAGACAGUUCAAGGAAAUGGCAUCCGUUCUUGAAACGGUCUGAAAGGAACAAAGGAACUUUUAUUUCCAGUGACAUGUUGGAUGAAGAUCAAGUAAAACUUUUCAUUCUGCACAGGGAAUAAAGUGCCAUGGUUCAGCAAGGUACGUAUCCUUGUCUUCUUGACAGGAUUUGGUCAGCAUCACCCUUGCAUUGCUGUGAAGAUUUCCUCCCUUUCAAUUACUUGAAGUCAACUCUGCAGUAUUUGUGAAAAUGUGUCCAGCUUUGCUCAUCCUGGUAGACAAAAGAUCAGGAUGUGUAUGGAGAAGCAUCUCUAUAGACUUCGUAAUACCCACGAGUAAGAAAAUACACACAUACUCCACAGUGCAGAAAAACACCUGAACAUGCUGACUGGGAAGAUACUGAGACAAGUGUAAAUCCCAUGUUAAUAUUUUUGCCUGUAAAAUUAGGAUGGGCUUGGACUCAACAAUAUUACAUAUUAGGAGAAUACGAAGUUAUGUGUAACAAGCAUACAACUACUCUUGAAGAAUAGCAUUGUCAGGUAGCUGAUUGCAGCUAUUUUCAGAUCUGGCUUCCAGUUUUUAAUAACUGGAGAAAGUACUUGUCCUAACACCUUGUUCAUUUCGAAUAUUUAUUUCCCACCACCUAGGCUUAUAAAGACUGAAUUAAUGCAUUAAGUUUUUUCAGAGACCAAAAUUAUCUUAGAUGAAGCCCAGAGGCUAAUUUUACAUAAAGGGAGAAAGUCUAGUUAAUUCAAAAGCAUUUUAAUGGAUUCCUGAUUUUUCAUUCCAUCCACUGUGGCAUUUUGCCUGAUGUUUUGGUGAGCAGUUGUCUUUCUAAUUAAAUUAAAAUAUCGAUGAGUUACCUCACUUCUGAACUAGAAAAGUCAGGAGGAAACUUGAAGAUUCAGGCUGGAGAGGUAGCCAAGCACAUCAGAGAAAGGACCAUAUUAAAAGACUUCUUUGCAUGUUGCAUUGUAACAGGUAGCCACUGGACUGUGUUCUGCACGCUUGCCUUAAGAAGGUGUCUUAACCAGCAAAAUUUUGACUUUGAUGUUAAAGGAUGGGGGCAUUUCUAAAGGGAGUGAUAAAUCCAAUGUGCUUGCGUACUCUCCUCUUAAUUUGUUUUCCUCGAGUUUUCCGUAAAACAAAACACACUGCAAAUAUUGUGGGAUGUAAUGAAAGCAAUAUUGUUGCAUCUCCAGAUGUACAAGUGGUGUAAUAGAGCAAAUAAACCUGAAGAGAGAUAAUUCACACUGAUAAGCAGAUUGAAGUUUCUACUUCAACUUCAGGCUGGUAGAGACUGAGUACCAGCUUUGCUGGGAAGAUCCUCAAAUUAUUUCAGGCCCACUUAAAAUGCGAACAUCUGUUCUAACUUUCUAACUAAAAUCUGUUUUUAAAAUUAACAUUUUUAAGAGCUGGCUGAAAGUCACUGAUACAGGUUAUGCCUCCCUUUUUGUGUAGUCAAAAUAAACUGCAGCCCAUUGUACAUGCUGCAUAUGCUACAGUCCUUUCAGGAAUGCCCCUGUUUUAGGCAUUAUGCAUGAUGUGUGAAAAUAGUACUUGGAAUUGAUUAGAAGCCCAAAUAAAUGAAACAGUGUUGGCUUUGACAAAAGUUUUUGGCCAUGAGCAUGGCUCUGGAUGAUUCUUUAUGCUGGUUGAAGUCUGAGGUGUUUGCUUUGUGGCUGGGGAGAGCAAAUUGGUCUUUUCUGGGACCCUCCUGGUAUAGUGUCACAAAAUACUCUUGGGAGCACACUUCCUGUUUGCCUCUUGUCUCUUCCCUUGUCUGUCUGCAAGGGCUCAGGGCUGAACAUAGAGCAAACAAAUGUGUAUGGAAAAGUGAUGUGAGCAGCUAAUUUUUUUGUUGUUUUUUAAUUUGCAGAAAUUGUAAGGCUGCUAUAACUGGAAAAUAUUGUCAUGCUUUGGUCUAGUGAAUUAAUUGAUUUGCAUCAAUGCAGGAAAAAAAUAAGGUUGUCUCUUUUUUUUUAUGUAAAGCUGGAGCCUUACAAAUAACUUCCUAUGUGUUCUAAUGCACAUAAGUUCUUCAUAUAGGUGGAAGUACUUGUGCCUUUAUUGGAACUGCAUGGAAAAGAUUUAAUUAAUCAUGUCUUAACAAUUCAGUAGAUGUUGGAAGGUAAUGAGGAAAUUCCCAGUUAGCAUUUUUGCUUGCUCCAUCAGCAAGAGGAGAAAGUCGUCAGCCUUUGUAAAGACUUAUUUUGUCAAGCCAGAUAUUCUAGAAGUAUUGAGUAUUUUUUAAAUGUCCCUGAACUCCAGCAUGUUCUAAUUCUGGCUGGAAGAUGCUUGGACAUGUGUACUAUACCAGUUUACUGUCUUGAGAAUUUUCAGAGGAGUUAUGAUUUAAAGUUGGCUAUGUACUCAAACUUUUGAAAUGUGUCCUGAUCACUAUCAACAGGAAUUCCUCUACUGAGUAAUGGAAGAAUUAAGUAUUUUAUUAAAAGGAGACCAAACAAAAAAUGUAACAGUUUUAAGGGUAGCAGUACUAAUAUGUCAAAAAAAACUGGUGAUUUGUUUGUCUGUAUGUACAGAAAUCAGAUCUUUUCAAAGAGAAUCAGGAGUCCUUGUGUGGUCCUAAUUCCAAUUGUUGAUUAAUAGAAAUUGUAUAACAUGAAUAUUUUUGUAUGUCCACAGACAGUCAUUAAAUAUGUAGCUAAUAAAGACAAAGCUGGUCUGUGUUUUGUUUUAA